AUGGAGAUGGCUUCUGUAACUGCUGGUGAUGGACAAAGCACUUGCAUGCAAUCAUGUUACAACAUGAUUGCUGCAUUUUUAGGGGUUGGCAUUUUAACACUGCCAUAUGCACUGUCCAUCGCUGGUUGGCUUGGCUUAUUACUAUUUAUUGCGGUUGCAAUGGUAUGCUGUCGGACAGCUCUCCUGCUUGAGCGUUGCAUGCGCGGUAAUGAAUCAGAUGUUCAGAGCUAUGGUGACAUGGGUUAUAAAGCAUUUGGAAGGUCAGGGAAAAUAGUGGCCUCACUAAUAGGGAGCACAGAACUCUAUCUGAGUUCUAUCAGCCUACUGCUGUUGGUGUCUGAGAAUCUAAAUUAUUUGUUUCCCCACACAGUCUUCUACCUUGGACACCUAAAACUUGGGGAAAAGAAGUUGUUCACAGUUUGCACUGCUUUAGUGAUGCUUCCAACUUUAUUCUCAACAAAUGUUACAAAAUUAUCAUUCAUAAGUGGUUUGGGGACACUAGGGAUUUUUGUAAUAAUAUUGGCUAUGCUUUGGGUUGGAGGUACUAGUGGAUAUGGAUUUCAAGACCGAGCAAAAGUUGUUUCAUGGAAGGGUAUCUCAAUAUCGACCAGUUUGUUCCUAACUUGCUUCGGAGGACAUUCAGUCCUCCCUACACUGUAUAACUCCAUGCAAAAUAAGCAACAAUUUACUAAGGUAUUGCUGCUCAGUUUUUCAUGCAAUAGUAUAGUCUACCUCAUAGUUGCAGUUGGUGGCUAUCUCAUCUUUGGAGGCCAAACCUGCCCACAAAUCACCCUGAAUUUUCCAAAACAAGAGCUUGGUUCAAAAAUAGCAUUGUAUACUUCAUUAGUCAUACCACUGUCUAGGUAUCCUUUGUUGAUUUCACCUGUUGCAGAUGCUAUCGAGGAUGGACUACCAAAGCAAUAUAAGAAACAGUUAAUUUGUAUUGUCAUAAGAUUUAUUCUCCUAAUUAUCACAACCCUGAUUGCUUGUUUUUUCCCUUAUUUCGAGUCUCUGAUGGCGAUCGUGGGGUCAUUUUCUGUGGUUUUGACAUCAUUAUUGUUCCCCUGCUGCUGCUAUUUGAAGCUAAGAGGAGGUGAAAAAUUCAAUGUCAAGUUUAUAGAGAUACUUGGAAUAAUAGUGUUUGGUAUAAUGACUGGGGUUACAGGAUUAUACUUUGUUGUCUUUGAUCUUGUCCACGGUGCUGGUUAA